AUGGUCCGUGACCGGCGAUGCCGUGGCACUACGAAGUCCAAUCAGAACGACUGGGUUGAACAGCGUCAGUGGUACUGUAGAAGUAUGGCACCCAGGCUUGACGCAUGGCGGCUCGAACUCAUCCGUGACAUGAUCCAAGACCCUCAUCCAUAUACUAACGCGCAGGUCGCCGAGGCUGCCCAUUGCACCGCACGAUCAGUCAGCACUCUCCGCUCGAACCUACGAUGCUUUGGAAGAGCCAGAGCGCCAGCCAACGGUAUCGGCCGACGACGAACGGUUACCCCACCUAUGAUCGAAGCUCUCUGCGAGCGUCUCGUUAAAAAGCCGGAUCUCUUCCGAGUUCCAUGGUAUUUCAGAGAUCGACAGCUAUUCCUGAUUGGGAGUAAUGUCAGCAUUUAA